AUGAACGCGGCGGUGGUGAGGCGCACGCAGGAGGCGCUGGGGAGGGUGAUCCGGAGGCCGCCGCUGACGGAGAAGCUGCUGAACAAGCCCCCGUUCCGCUACCUGCACGACAUCGUCAUGGAGGUGAUCCGGGUGACGGGCUUCAUGAAGGGGCUCUACACAGACGCCGAGAUGAAGUCGGAGAACGUGAAGGAGAAAGAUGCCAAGAUCAGCUUCCUUCAGAAGGCCAUCGACGUGGUGGCGCUGGUCUCAGGGGAGCCCCCAUCGGCCAAGCCCGCCCGCAUCGUGGCCGGGCACGAGCCGGAGAGGACCAACGAGCUGCUCCAGCUGAUCGGGAAAUGCUGCCUGAGCAAGCUCUCCAGUGACGACGCGGUGAGGAGGGUCUUGGCGGGAGAGAAGGGGGACCUGAAGGGAAGGUCCUCGCUGGCCCCCAAGUCCAAAGAAGCGGACAACAAGCACGCGAGGGAGGAGGAGCUGCGGGCGCGCAAGGACAAGGAGGACAGGAGGAGGGCCGGGCCCCACGAGCGCAGUGCCAGCCGGGACCCGGAGCAGAAGGAGGAGCCGACGGAGGACGGCAGAGCGACGGGGGAGCAGGCGCGGGAGGACGGGCGGGGCCGCCACGGAGCCGCCGACAGGGAGAAGCCCCCGGAGGGCGACCGCGACAAGAGCAGGAGCCGGGCCCGGGCCGAGAGGGAGCGAGGCGCCAGGGACCGCGACAAGGACGCGGAGCGCGAGCGGCGGGGCGAGGGCGGCAAGGAGAAGGGCCGCUGGAGAGACAGGGACCGGGACCGGCGGCGGGCCAGGAACGGGGAGCAGCCCCGGGACCCCGACAGGGAGAAGAGCAGAGAGCACGAGAAGGCGGAGAAAAAGUCAGCAAGCUCUGGGGAGAUGCCCAAAAAGCCCUCAGAGGGAGCUGUUAAGGAUUCCAAAGCCGAGGCCGAGAUGGAGAUCUCUGCUAGGACGUCCCGGUCAGUGGCGACCAAGCUGUCCAAGCGGCGGUCCAAGCACUCAGUGGAAGGAAGAAGGGGCUCUAGAGCCAGCGAGAAUAGUCUUUCCCCCGAGAAAGAACGUAACUCCUCCUACAGCAAGGUUAAGAAGGAGCGUCCCGUGAAGCCGCUGGGAAGAAAGGAGGAAAAUAUUUCAGCUAAAAUUUUAGACUCCGUAGCCUCUGGACUAAGUAAUGAACCAGAUCAGGAAGCGACACCUUCAGAAAUUGGAGCACAGGCCGCGGCUGCUAGCUCCGCUAGUGUCCCAGAGGAGAGCGCGAGUAGUGUGUGGCGAGAGCGCCUCAAGCCAGAGGCCACAGUGACACAGAAAGGAGACUCACCCAGCGACGCAGAAGGAGAAGCCGGCCCCCCCGCCCAGGAGAAGUCUGAGGCAUCAGAGAGGUCUGAGCCCCCGAACGAGCUGUCCCCCAGCAUCAGAAGACUCCCUCGGCCCGGGAGUGCGAGACCGGCCCCGCCCCGGGUCAAGCGACAGGAGAGCGUGGAGGCGCUGGCCGUGGACAGGGCGGGGAGCAGCAAGACUGUCUCCAACGUGAUUGUGGACUCGCGGGCCUCCGACGACGAGGACGACGGCCAGUUCGUGGUGGAGGCAGCCCCGCCGCUUGCCGAGGCGCCGGAGCUCGAGGUCCCGGCGGUGGAGCUGGAGGAAGAUGAGAAGCACGGAGGACUUGUCCAAAAAAUCCUGGAGACCAAGAAAGAUUACGAGAAGUCGCAGCAGCCACCCACUCCCGGCGGGAAGGAGAAGCUUCCCGUCUUCGAGUCGGCGUGGAAGAAGGAGAAGGACAUCGUUGCCAAGGAGAUCGAGAAGCUGCGCACAUCCAUCCAGACCCUGUGCAAGAGUGCGCUGCCCCUGGGCAAGAUCAUGGACUACAUCCAGGAGGACGUGGACGCCAUGCAGAACGAGCUGCAGCUGUGGCACGGCGAGAACAGGCAGCAUGCGGAGGCCCUGCGGCAGGAGCAGAGCAUCACGGACGGCGCGGUGGAGCCGCUGAGGGCGGAGCUGGCCGAGCUGGAGCAGCUCAUCCGCGAGCAGCAGGACAAGAUCUGCGCGGUCAAGGCCAGCGUCCUGCGCAACGAGGACAAGAUCCGCAGGAUGGUGUGCGGCGUGGGCCUGAGCGCCCGGCGGUGAGGGGCGCCUGGAGACAGGGCGGGG